UUCCUGUAGGUUUCCCUCAGAACUGCAAGACGCCGAUAUUGCGUUACAUUGUAGCAAAAUGGCGGCUGUCAUUCAGAAUCCACUAAAAGCAUUGGGCGACCAGUUCUACAAGGACGCCAUUGAGCAGUGCCGCAGUUACAAUGCUCGCCUGUGUGCUGAACGCAGCGUCCGCCUGCCAUUCCUCGACUCGCAAACCGGCGUGGCCCAGAACAACUGUUACAUCUGGAUGGAACGACAUCACCGCAGCCCCGGGGUUGCAGCCGGGCAGAUGUACACCUACCCCGCCCGCUGCUGGAGAAAGAAAAGACGGCUGCACAACGCCACGGAUACACGCCUGGGCAUCUACGGUCUCCAGCUCAACAGCGGCCUCAUAGCCAAGGACACCUUGCCCACCCAAAGCACCACGCUGGAGGCUCUGCUGCGAGGAGAGACUCUGGACAAGAGGAACAACUCUAAGAACGACGAGGAGAGCCUGCUGGAGAUCCAGAGGGUUCUGGAGGCAGACGCAGCAGAAGAUGCUUUCCAUGAUGAUGACGACUAUGAGGUGAACACUCCCAAGAAGAGACAUCGGGGCAAAGGAAGAGGUCGGGGUUCAGGCCGCAAGAAGGCAGAUGUGGGUGAAGACAAGCCAUAUGUCUGUGACAACAGAUACAAACAAAAGCAGAACUCAAAAUCUUCGGCUUCAGUCUGUGCGAAGCGCUACAGGAACCGUACGGGACUAAGCUACCACUACACCCAUUCCCACCUGGCAGAGGAGGGCAGAGCCGGAGAGAGAAGCUCAGUGGCGUCUAAAGCCCCCUCUGCACCACAGACUGACAGGCACAAGCGUCCAAAGGGUCCUGGUGGGACCAGUAUUCCCAACAACUACUGUAAUAAAUGCCAGGGCUCACUCAAGAAAACGGGUAAAUCUGGGUCUCCUUACUCAACCUGCCAAUGCAAAACUCAACGUGUAGAUGAGAAGGAAGACGGGACUUUUACUGGAGCAGAGGAGCUGUUCGGCACCACCUCGGAGAGCGACACCUCUACCUUUCACGGCUUCGAGGAGGAUGAGCUGGAAGAGCCCGCCACAAACAGCAAUGGAAUAUCCAACCGACACAGAUAGAGAGAACCAUUUAGAUUUGAUGAUCACUUUUUUUAAAUAUGGAUUAACCUCUGGCAAAAAUCUGCUGCUUCUUUUUCAAUGUUUUUUGUUUGCAGAAAGCACAAAGUGAUAAUUUCAGGACAGAAAUGCAAGUGGUAUUUUAACUACUGAACAUUGUUGAAUAAUUUAUGAACACCUUUUUUUAUAUAUAUAUAAAAAAAAUAAAAAAUAAUAUAUAUAUAUAUAUAUAUAUAUAUAUAUAUAUAUAUAUAUAUAUAUAUAUAUAUAUAUAAACAUAAACUUUCAAGGCUAUGAACGACUGUAAAGAAACAGAAGAUGGAGUGGGGAUUUUUGUUCCCGUCACUGGAGCAGAAGGAGUAUACACGUUAUGAACAAAAAACACUGGAUACGUUUUAACAAUUGAAAAUAAGGCAUACAUGAUACAGUACAUUUGGGAGAUGAUUGAAUGUCAUUACAGACCCAUACUUGAGCUACUGGGUGUUUUUGAAUCGGUAGUCGGGUGUGACUAUGAAGGUCUCUGCUUCUGCGCUAACCCUGGAUUAAACUUGUAUGAAAAUGAAGGAACCAAUGAAAGGACUGCCACAGGCCACUGGAAAUGUUUGGAGAUGAAGAAGUCUUUAAAUAGAGUUUUUACAGAUAUAGAGGACUAAAUUAAUGAAAGGUAAGCAAAGUUAUUUUUUUAAAUAAAGAAAAAUAAAGAUUCUUGAGAUGCUUGAUUAGGGUAAAUGUCUAAAUGCAGUGUUGUCUACAUUCUGCAUUCUCCUAUAUCGUUCUCAUGUUAGCUCCCGGUGGAAAUGUUGGUCCAAACUAAAUUAGAUCAACAAGUACUGAAUGGGUUGCCGUGUGGGUUUUGUCAGCAUGCUAAGCUAAGAUGUUGAACAUUGUAAACAUUACAUCUAGUAAACAUCAGCAUUGUGAGCAUGUUAGCAUGCUGAUGUUAGCGUUUAGCUCCUGGCAUAUUCACAGCCUCACCUUGGGGCUGUAGACUGGUGUUCAGACAUAUUAAGUGCAAGUCUAACCCAUAUUGUCUGUCCUAUACCGUAGGAGCACCCAGCACACUGGCAUGUGGCCCAGAGGUGGGGAUGACCAGGGAAGAAAAGGAUUAAACUCUGGAAAAACGAAGGAACCUUCAUGUCCCUUCUGAUUUGGGCCGAAAAUAACUGACCUGAAACAUGAACAGACAUCCACCACUUCUACAGGCCAUGUGGCUUAAUUGAAGCAACUGCUCCCUUGACGAUAUGUAUUGAUCCCUUCUGGACAUUUGAAAUGUGAGUAGAUCCAGCUUCAUUUCAUCCUUUCUGCACUGUGCUGGAGCUCCACAGGGAACACUAAAGGCCAGACCGUUGGACUGUGUGUGCCCAACUGGUGCAUUUGGGGGCCCCGCGGCCAAGCCUGCCCACUCCUGCUCUGUGACUGUGUGUCUGCCGUGUGAUCCGAUGUGACACUAAGACGUCAUUAUCCCCAUCACUGUGCCAGCCUGCCGCUCUGCACUGGAAACCAGCUCUGACAGCCAUGACCCCCCCAACCUGAUUGGACCAGUGAUCCCCUAACCCCCAGCCAUAAACAUGGUGCUCAAAUCCACCACUAUUACAUGACGCAAAGGUUCCCUUUGUCUGUUUUUGCUCUCUAUUUCCCGGGCCUCUCUGAACUCAUUCAGACUCGAAUGCGUCGCAGUAAUUUAGCUCUUCUUUUUUUUUUUUUUUGCAUCUUUUCUCUGUUGUAUAAUAUUUCUAUGUUUUGAUCUCUUUAAAGUUUGAUUCGUAUGACUUCUUGGGUUUGUUCAGACUGUAUUGAUACCUCUGUCCUGAUCAGGUGCACAAUAGCCACAACUACUCAGGCAUCUUUCAUUUCCUCUGCUGUUGAUUGUUCAGCAACGUAUUCCUGAUUCAUGUGAUUGUAUUCAGUUAGCAAGGAGGAACAAUAACGCCACACCGGCAUCCCAUUAUAAUCAACUCCGAUGAACAUUUUAGAAAUGCUGCAGUCUCAUGCUAUAGGAAAACAUUGCAAUAACAAGCUUGCUCUGCUUUCCGUUUGAAAAUCUGCCUCAGCAGAUUGUGAGUGACAGCAGCGAGAACCAUCUCAGAUUCAUUUGAAAACAAUGUUGUUGCGAGUGACACAACUCUGCUCAGAUCCACAUACUUAAUGAGAAGAAAACUGUAAAUCAAAGUUAUGUGACUUUUCCGUUGAGUGCUUUAGAGGGCCUAAUUGCAUUAUGACAUUUAGAAGGUGCUUGCAGUACUAUAUCAAAAAGCCUUUUAGGUCCAUGAGGUCUGUGUCCUUCCAUGUGGUCAUUCAGUAUUGCUACAAUGUAAUAAUAGCCACUCCGUUUUUGAAGGUAACCAUUAAUCCUAUAUGUCUGGUGUGACUUGUGAAAGUGUUUGUGCAUUCAAACCGUCUUUCUUCACUUCCCUCAGGGACCCUUCACACAACAGUUUAUCUCCUCUGGACAAAGAAUGGAUCUGAGUCUUCUCAAUUAUCUUAUCGUCUUUUGUAUGUGGUGUUUCCACAAUGAGAUGGGUCAAUGUGUCUUUUAUCUUCCAAAGUCAUGCCAGUAAGUGAAAGCAUGUGUUCAUCAAUCAUAACCUGCUUAAUGUUACCUGCCGUGUAUAUGAACAGGCCUACAGUGUGGUGCAGUUCUGAACAAUAGGAGACGCUCCUAAAUGCAAAAGUCAGUGAUGUCUGCUUGGAACUGUGUGUCACCAAUCAUUGAAUAGCCUGUAUACCUCGUCAAAGACACAGCAAUAGGCCCUGAUGCUCUUGUCAAAGCCUGCGGGGGGUGGAGAGGGAGGAUCGGGCUGGGAACGGAGCCAAGAGGAGAUGAAAUGGACAUGACUGGCCGUUUGUUUCAUCUUCAGCUGUAAAUAUGAGUUGAAAUGGAGAGAAUGAAGAAGUCUUUGUUUGUUAAACUAUUUUUAUUGUUCUGAAAAAAUAAAGAAAAAUAAUAAAGAAUGAA